AUGGAGACUGAAUUACAAAAGCGGUUUUUGCAUUCUGAUGCUUAUACUAUCAUAACUGAACUGAAAACGCUGUUUCAGGAUCAGGCAAGGAUAGAGCGAUAUGAGACUCACAAGGCUAUACUUGAUAGCAAGCUUGUGAAGGGAAAACCAGUGAGUCCUCAUGUGAUUAGCCUAACUGGGCUUUUCAAGAGGAUGGAAAAUCUGGGGACCCCAUAUGACCAAGAGUUGGCCACUGAUAUUGUUCUUAGAUCCUUACAUGAUGGUUUUGCAACAUUUAGAAUGCAAUACCAUAUGAAUGGUCUAAAGUAUGAUCUGAAUGAGCUCCAUAACAUGCUUAAAAAUACUGAAGGCAAUAUUACUGAUGACAAGAAGAAGGAAGUUCUAAAUGUCAACAAUGGGAAGGGGUUUAAGAAGGUGACUAAGAAAAAGAACAAUGACCAAGAGAAAGGCAAGCAAGUUGCCAAACCCAAGGGUGGUGAGAAGCCAAAGAUGGUUGAUGAUCAUGAUUGUUUUUACUACAAGGCCAAGGGACACUAG